CUUGCAGGAUGGAAGUGCUGCCAGUAGAUUUGCCGAAGCUGCUCUCCUCCUCCUCGCAUUCCCAGCAAGAAAUAGCCAGCAGGAUCAGCCAAGCGCAUCAUUUGAGCGUCUCCAUGAAACGUGGCUCGGAACAGCUGCUUGCCAAAUACGUGCAUUUCCAAGGGAGACCCUUCGGGGAUGCUGACUUCAACCCACCCUACCCUGCUUUCCCAGGGCUGCCAUCACCCUCCCUUCCUCAUGAGACCUGGAAGGACCUAAGCGACGCUGAGCGGCUGCAGCAGAAUGUCACGGCCUUUUCCAACUUGCCGGAGUUCCUGUCGGCUGUGAAGCGCCAACAGGAGUCGGUGAACCCUCACGCCUCAGAGCUACAUCGCCAGCUGGAGACGGCAGGCCUGAAGUGCCGGGGUCUGGCCAGCAAUCUGAAAUCCGUCAUGACCGCCAUGGGCCUGGCACCAGCGCCGGCACCACCAGCUGAACCCCCAAACCCAGUUGACAUCUUCCCCAAGAAACUCAUUGGCUACUAUGUUUGCCAGCUCUAUCGGGAUUGGGCUAACCGCAGUGAAGAUGACUUGGCUUUACUAGCUACCAAAUAUCCACUCUGAACUUGCUCCUUCACUCUUGACUUAAGCCUGCCUGUAGCCAGUAGGGAGGGGUUGCAUAGUGUUCCCCCCACCCCCCACUCCACGUUGACUGUCCUCUAUGUGUGGAAAGGAGGGUGGGUGCCACCUUACUUCAAUGAACUCACUGAUGGGCUGGAAGAAUGAAAUGGCCCAUUUCCUGGAGUGGAAAAGAAACAAAUUCAUGGGAGAAAGCUUUCCUAAAAUGCUGAAAUAUCCAUCUUUGCCUCCUGUUGUCUCUCUCUCUUUCGCCUCCUCCCCAUUUUAUUGCUUGUUACAUAAGCCAGCUAAUUUUUGAGGAGGGCUCAACAAUUUUGGUGCUUACAGUUGUGGGUUGGGAAAAGCGGGCUGAUGGCAGCCAUUUUGAGAGGCGCAUCCACUAGUGUCUUAGAGCUGCCUGCUCUGGGUUGGGAAAUACCUGGAGAUUUUGGGGGUGGAGCCUGGAGUGGGCAGGGUUUGGUGAGGGGAGGAGCCUCAGCAGGGUGUAAUGCCAUAGAGCCUACCCUCCAAAGCAGCCAUUUUCUCCAGGGGAAAUGAUCUUCGUCAAAUGGAGAUCCAUUGUAAUAGCAGGAGGCCAGCCCUGCCACUAGGUAAACAGUGAUUCCCUAGGGCACCGGCCUUCCGGGGGCACUGAAUUGGACACCCCCAUGUGAUUCAGUGACAUUAUCAGUGCAGGGGGCGAAGCUGCCAGAAGUUAGCCUUGCCUAAGGUGCCAGACAGUCUAAGGCUGGCCCUGUCGCCAGGUGCCACUUGAAGGUUGGCAACCCUGUCUAGUGGCCACAGAUGUGCCAGAAGGUGAACAGAGGAGCAUAUCCUGCCUUAAGGCUGGCGUGAUAAAGGAAGUAGAACCAGUUUGAUUUGUAAAAGUGGAAGGCAGAUGUCCAGUUUUUCAACCAGCUGGAACUAUUCAAAUAACUUUUUGUUCUCUGAAGCAAAGAGGAUUUUCCCUUCCCCUGUGACCAAGACAUAGCCCCUCAGUUCCUCUU